AUGCCAAAGAAGAGAGGAUUUUGCUUUUAUUACUGCCUGCUUAUAUCCAUUUUUGCUUCGCUUUUCUUGGUAAGCACUAACAUCCCCCCCCCCCCCUCCGUGAGCGAACAAAACCAUUAGAAAAAUCGCCAUUUUUUGACCAAAAACCCACCCUCCGUGAGUGAACAAAAAUUUUUUUAAUAGAAAAAAAUUUUAAUGGAAAAAAAUUUUGAUAUAUAAGUGAUAAUUAGUAUAAUGAAAAUCUAGAGCUAAUUCUGUUUAAUUUUAAACAAAUUGCGUUUUAAAACAUAAAUUUUGCAAAUUAAAUUAAUAUUUGCUUCCCAAUUUUUGCAAAUUAGGAUUUUUUUAAAUUUCGAAAAAAAUAUAUUUUUUAUAAAAUUUAUAUAUAAAUUUUUUUUUAAAAAAAAAAAUUAACCCCCCUCCGUGAGCGAACAAAAUUUUUUUGUUCGCUCACGGAGGGGGGGGGGGGAGUAAGUAGACUUAUAUUGCUUUAUUGUGUGUUGCAGAUUCCUUACAACUUGACGUAGAGGAUAAGACUGAGCAUUCUUCGACAGUUUUUAUUGCAGCUGGGUUUUAUGAAUUUAUAGCUGUAUUAAUGCUCAUUCAAGGCUUUUUAUGCACCAAGCGUCAAGGUCCAGUUCAAAAUGAAGGCUAUCAAAAGUUGGAAAAUAAAGAAUAA